CCUACUUCUCUCACAACACCUUCAAUACCUGCUUCUUCUACAAUACCUUCAACACCCAUUCGUCUUACUUCUUCCACUAUAUCUCCUGUCAUUACCAUCGUUUCUUCAGCUAUAUCUAUAUUAAGACAACGAUAUCCUAUACUUUGGUUAUCUGGAAGUACAAAUACGAAAGAAGAAAUAGAAACUUUAGUUAUGAUUAAUGAUGAAUUAGAUAAAGAAUCAGACAUACAGUCCAAAUAUACAGGUUCUGAUAUUUUUGAAAGCGACAAAAGAAGUGAAGACGAAAGUGAAGUUAAAAAGGAAUCAUUUGAUUACGAACUACCACUAUCUGAAACAAGGCUUUUUGACCUGAAAGCUGCUAG